UUUUAUUUUCUAUGCAUAAAUAACAUCUAGUCCUGCAAAGUGUAAAGUAACAGUUAAAAUCAGGAAAGCAAAAUGGAUUUCAAGAAUAAAGUUGUUAUAGUGACGGGAGCUAGCUCGGGAAUUGGUGCUUCAGUGGCCAUAGCCUUUAGUGCAGCAGGAGCCAAAGUAGUUAUGGUGGGACGUAACGAAACCAAGCUAAAGAAAGUCGCUGCUCAAUGCAAUAAGCCCCUCGUUAUAAUCGCUGAUAUGACAAAAGAUGAUGAUGUCAAAAGAAUUAUGGACGAAACCAUCAAAAAGUUUGGACAACUGGACAUCUUGAUAAACAACGCUGGACUAUCCUCUGCGGUAAACAUCAUGGAAGCAGAUAGCAUGAUGAACUCAUACGAUAUCAUAAUGAACACGAACGUGCGAGGCCUUAUCCACAUGACCAGUCUAGCUGCCCCGCAUUUGGCCAAAACAAAGGGGAACAUCGUGAACAUAUCAAGCGUUGCUGCCCUAAUAACUCCAACUCUCAAAGGAACUACUAACUACUACGUCUCCAAAGCUGCGGUUAACCACUUUGGUGCUUGCGCUGCUACUGAACUGGCUCCUUAUGGUAUCAGAGUUAACACUAUAAGCCCUGGACCUGUCAAAACGGAUUUUAUAACCAACGCCAAAAUUGAAGCUGACUAUGAAGUUAUUAAGACGAAAAAUGUUCUCAAUAGAGUUUCAGAGCCAGAGGAAAUCGCCGAUUUGGUUUUAUUCGUGGCCAGUGAUAAAGCGAAAGGUAUUACGGGCUCUAACUUCUUAAGCGAUAACGGUAUGUUAGUAAAACGCAAUUAAUUCGAGAAUCAAUAAUUCGGAUCACUCCUAAGAUAGUUAUAAACAUUUCGUUGUGUUUCUUUAGAUUGAAUCCACAAAAAAAUUGUAAUACUUUUUCAUAUUUUUAAUACACAUUUUUGAUAACAUUA